CAGCGUGCCGCCGGGCGUGGAGGGAUUAAUCAGUGAUAGGAAGCUGCCUCUUUCGGAGCAGUGACUGCUGUGGUCAGGAGAGCCUUUGCCAGGCCAGCCCUAGGAAUCGGUCCUGCUCCCCGCCUGCUGCUCACCCCUGCUCCUGCCAUGGGGUGCCUUGGGGCCCUCCUCUUCCUGCUUGGGGGCCUGGGAGCUCUCGCCCAGAUCUGCGAAAUAACAGAGGUGGACAGCACGCUGCUGGAGAGGCUGGGCCAGCGCCUCUUGCCCUGGAUGGACCGGCUCUCCCCGGAGCAGCUGAACCCCAGUAUCUACGUGGGCCUGCGCCUCUCCAGCCUGCAGGCUGGGGCCAAGGAGGCCCACUACCUGCACAGCCUCAAGCUCAGCUACCAGCAGAGCCUCCUGAGCAAUGACAACAGUGACUCCGAGGCCAAGCCCUCCAUGGGCCAGCUGGCCCUCUACCUGCUCGCUCUCCGGGCCAACUGCGAGUUUGUUGGAGGCCGCAAGGGGGGCAGACUGGUCUCACAGCUGAAGCGAUUCCUGGAGGACGAGAAGGGGGCCAUUGGGCAUAAUCACCAGGGCCACCCUCACACCAGCUACUACCAGUACGGCCUGGGCAUCCUGGCCCUGUGUGUCCACCAGAAGCGGGUCCAUGACAGUGUGGUGGGCAAGCUCCUGUAUGCUGUGGAACACGAACAGCAUCUCCAGCAGGGCCACUUCCCUGUGGACACACUGGCCAUGGCGGGCUUGGCCUUCUCCUGUCUGGAGCUAUCCAACCUCAACCCAAAUCAGAGAAACCGGAGCACUGUGGCCCUCAGGAGAGUGCAAGAGAAGAUCCUGAAAGCCCAGACCCCAGAGGGCCACUUUGGGAAUGUCUACAGCACCCCUCUGGCACUGCAGUUGCUGAUGGCCUCCCUUAGGCCCACGGUGGAGCUGGGCACAGCAUGCCUCAAGGCCAAGGCUGCUCUGUUGGCCAGCCUACAGCACAAGGCCUUCCAGAACCCUCUCAUGAUUUCUCAGCUGCUGCCCAUCCUGAACCAGAAGAGCUACGUGGAUCUCAUCUCCCCAGACUGUGAGGCACCAAGAGUCCUGUUGGAACCAGCUACAGAGACCCCUUCACAGACCCAAGUCCCAGAGUUCAUCCAUGUCACGCUGAAGGUCUCCAGCAUCUUUUCUUCAUACAGACACUCCGUCUCUGUCCCUGUCAGCUCCUCUUUGGAAGAUGUCCUGAAGAAGGCCCAGGAGCACAGCAGAUUCAGGUAUGGAACACAGGCCUCCUUGUCAGGCCCCUACCUGACCUCCGUGAUGGGGAAGAAAGCUGGGGAACGUGAGUUCUGGCAACUCCUCCGAGCCCCCGACACCCCCCUGCUGCAAGGUAUUGCUGACUACAGACCCAGGGAUGGAGAAGCCAUCGAGCUGAGGCUGGUUGGCUGGUAGACCCCAGGCUCACCACCCCAGCUGCCUCCCACACUUCCUGGGCUUCUGCCCUCCCUCCAGACAUCCCUGUAACAGGCACACGCCUGACCCUGCUGCCUCCUCUUGUGCACUUGUCCCCGGAUCGCCACAGCCACCACCCCUGUGGGGGUCCUAAACCACCACCCACCCUGGAGCAGGGAGCCCAGCACCUUCCCCGGCAGGUCUGACUGCCCAGGUCUGGCCCCACCUGGCCCCGCAGGUGUCCCGUGAAGGCCACUCGUAGGCUGGAGGGUGUGAGCAUCUCAGACUCUUUGGCACGAGGAGGCCACCGGCUGCUGGCGUUGUGAGUACCGCUUGCUCUGGGAUGGGGGUCCUGCAAGGAGAGCUCUGUGGCCCUGACCAUAACUUUCCACUCUUCACUCCAUCGGGGCUGCUGCCCCAGAGCUGACUGCGGCAUAGCAGCUGGCGAGGGCUCUGCAGGGCUGCUGUCAGCCCACCUCCAAAAUGAUUAAAGAAUUGAUUGUGCACAUG